GUGAGGAAUGAGGAUAGAAAGAAAAAGAUCACAUCCUCGAAAACCACGUUAACGGGGACAUUGCUCGUGGGUGGGGGGUUAAUGCGAUUUAUCCGGUGACGGAGAGUGAGUGAAUGAGUGAGAGGCAGUGUUGCUUAGUAUCCAAGACAAAUCAUUACUACCACCACACCAUUGAAACCCAAAUCAAGCUCUGAACUAAGAUCUACCAGUUUUUUAUUUCUGGCAUCAAAAUCGUGAGUGAAGAAACACGAUGCCGGAGGAGAAAGAGUCAACGUCGAUUCCUCUCAGUCAAGCUGAAGACAAUGCCUCCUGUGACGAUCCCGAAGAUCCAGCCAAGUCUCCACCAAACUCGCCCAACUCUUCAACUCGCAGGGCAUGCUGUUUUGUUCUCCAGAGUUGGUUCUCAAAGAAAUUUAUGACUGGAUGCGUUGUUCUUUUUCCAGUUGCAGUUACCUUUUUUAUUACAUGGUGGUUUAUUCAGUUUGUUGAUGGUUUCUUUAGUCCAAUAUACUCCAGGCUUGGCAUUGACAUAUUUGGACUGGGUUUUAUUACAUCGUUAGCUUUUGUAUUUCUUAUUGGUGUUUUUGUUUCGUCAUGGAUUGGCGGCACUGUUUUCUGGAUUGGAGAAUGGUUCAUAAAGCAAAUGCCCCUCGUUAGACAUAUAUACUCUGCGUCCAAGCAGAUCAGUGCUGCAAUUUCUCCAGAUCAAAAUACUACUGCCUUUAAAGAGGUAGCAAUUAUCCGUCAUCCGCGUGUUGGUGAAUAUGCUUUUGGCUUCAUUACAUCAACUGUUAUUCUACAGAAAGAGAAUGAAGAUGAAGAGCUCUGUAGUGUUUUUGUCCCAACGAACCAUCUGUAUAUUGGUGAUAUACUUUUGGUUAACUCCAAAGAUGUUAUAAGACCAAAUCUUUCCAUUCGAGAAGGCAUAGAAAUAAUUGUUUCUGGGGGAAUGACUAUGCCUCAGUUGAUAUCUCCGGUGGAAAGGGUUACUCGACCGAAUGAGAGAAUCUUGAACAGAAUCGGAUAAUGCAAUGAGUCUACGGUUUUAAGAUAUAGCUUGGAAUCCUUGCCAUUACAGUGUGGAUGGUCCAUGCCGUGAUCGAAAAUGAAAUCUGAACCGCCUUGUGAUGGAAUUCGUAUACUACAAUUUUUGUUUAAAAUUUACAGUUUCAAUUCGAAGUUCAAAUGAGAGUAAGAUACUAAGAUGCCUUGUAGUAAUGUAAUGUAAUUAUCAUAAUCCUAGACUCCCAAUAUUCCCUUCUAUUAGUUUUACUUCUCCCUUCUAUUGUA